AUGGAAGUGGUGCCAAGCCGUCGGGGCACAGCGCAAAUCGCAGUGGAAAUCGAGGAAGAGGAAGAAGCAAUUUGCGUGCAAAAAGCGCUUGGGGCCUCCUUAUCCUUGCUCCAUGUCAUGCGACAGAAGCAGAAGCCCAGCCGUAGGCCGGAGGCGGAGGGAUGGAGGGAUCAUUCGGUGCGAUACGUUUCCCCUUCCUCGAUGCCAGAGUCUUCCUCACCGAGCCACCUCGACGCUACCGUGUUGUCCCGCUCGGCUGGUUUUCAGGCCUUGCGGGUGUGCUUGGAAGAGAUUCUGACCCUUCCCAUGGCCCUGGAGCGGGAGCGAGAGGGCCUGGUCGCGACGGAACGGGCGUUUAAAGACGGCAUGGGGCCGUUUGCAGCGCCCGAGGGAGUAAACAAAAGCGGCAAGGACACCAAAGUGAGUCUGUGGGACGAUGAAGAUUCCCUGUAG